CAUACUUCCAAGUUCCCUCGCUGUCGCAUUGAACAGCACGGUUUCUGUGUGGCUUCCUCGACUAAGCCCCAAAUAGUUUUGCUGUAAGCAUUGCCCCGCCAGCCUGGGGCGGUGAAUGAGCCAGGCACCUUGGUAAAUACGGUCUACCAUAUAGAAUGGUGCAAUACAGCUUAAAGGCGCAUCCAUCCUGCGGCGCUGUCCCAACCACGCCUCAGUGCAGGAGGGCGAGGUUUUGCUCCCGGUUAGCAGCCGUUCGAUGCUUUAAGGAUAACUCAGAUGAAACAAGCGCUGGGCCGUUACGACUCAAUUUCAAACUACCCUACCGAGUAAACUUUGGGCAGUCGGUGGGGUUAGUGGGAUCUGGUGACACGCUGGGAAACUGGGACCCGAAGCGAAGAAUCCCAAUGAAAUGGACGGAUGGCGACUGGUGGAUUGCCGAGGUUAGCGUGGCCCCAGGGACACCAACGCUAGACCUCGAAUACAAGUACGUCAUCGUAAACGCGGAUGGGAACAUCUCCUACUGGAAGCCAGGCAACAACUACCGCGUCACGCUCCCACUCCAACCCACCAACGCGAAAGUGCUGAAGCGCGUCAAAGUCGCAGAUGCUUGGGACGAAUCCUUUAAGAAAAUAGACUUGGAGGAAGUUGAGUCGGUUCCAAGCGCCGCCAGCAGCAGCGGCAGCAGCUCCCCGCUCCAAGGUACUCUUCCAGGCCAGCUGGGACCGCAGCAGCUGGGGCAGCAGCAUGAACAGGGUCGACAGCAGCCCACAACAGCAGCAGCAGCCACCAGUCCACUCUCACCGCAGCUCCCGACAGCAACAGCGGCAGGUGCACCAGGGGACCAGCAAAGUGCUCCGAGCACCUCGCAGCCUGCCACGGAUGCAGCCUCCAUGGCCGCAAGCAACGGCAGCGGAGUGCAGGCGGCACCGCUGCCGCCAGCAGAGCAACCAACGACAAGCAACGGUGUCAUGCCAGCGGCAGGGACAACAUCAUCCUCAACCCAGCAGCACCCGCCACAGCAGCCACUUGUGGGACAGCAGCAGCAGCAGCUGCGGCAGGCGGAGGACGAGGGCGGUAGGGGGCCAGCCGGGCUGCAGGCCAGCACGCCACCGCCGCAGCCGCCGCGUGUAGGGCAGCUUGGCGGCGUGCCGCCUAGCUUUGCCGCCGCCACCUGCCUACCCUCCCUACACCCUGCGCUGAUGGCGGAGGAGGACAGGCUGCAGGAUGUGGUUCGGAGCUCCCUGGAGGACCUGCAGCAGCAGGUGGACAUGCACCAGCAGCUGAGGAAGCGGACUGACGACCCCGCUGCCCCCGAGGUCCUGGUGGCCGACCGCAUCGUGGCAGCGGCCAACAACCGAGUGGUUGCGUACAGCAAGGCGCUCAAGGCGGUGCAGGAGUUCAGCCGCCUGCCGCCCUCGCACAGCCUUCCCAAGGAGUCCUCGCCCAGUGAAAAGUCGGCAUAGGGUGUGCCUGCCUGCCUCACAGCUGGAGGACCCAGAGGCAUGGUACAGUUGCACGAUGUGGACACGCCGCUUGCUGCAGGGUUACGUUUCCGGCUGAAGGGGCCCGCAGCGUGCCUGAUGGUCGGUGUCGCAGUUGGCUGACGUGGUUUGGCAUGCGGGGCCGUGUGUGGGUAACGUUUGCCUUGCGGUGUGAUGGGUUCGUGGCAACAAAGCGUACUGCACGGUUCUGUGUAAUAACCCUUUCAUUCCAUGUAUAAGUGCUUGAAGCCCUGCUGAGUGUUACAGGGGAAGCGGUUUCUCCCAUGACAGCUGGGACCUUGUACCGUGCACGUGCUGCCACCCCAUGACUUUGCAAAGUGCAUUCGCACUCUGGGGCGGCUCAGGAUGGUGCGACGUUACUUGGGGCCUGAGGGGCCCCUGGUACUCAGGUACCAUGCUCAUGGUACAGCCAUUAGCACUUCUAAGGCGAUGUCUUGCCGAUGAGUUGUGUUAUGCAAUGUGCAUGUGCAGGCAGGGUGCACGAGUGGGAAGGCCCCAGGAAGGGACGAACGGGAAUAACUGCAUUAGCCACGUGCGCGUUACUGGAAUACUGCAACAAACGACAUGCUUGCAACAUUGUGAGGGCAACAUUACCAAGUGCUCCUGGAAUUGUAAGGCGGUUUGUUUA